AUGGAGACCAAGGUGAUGGAGCCAGAGAUGAUGGAGACCAAGAUGAUGGAGACCAAGAUGAUGGAGACCAAGGUGAUGGAGACCAAGGUGAUGGUGACCGAGAUGAUGGCACCAGAGAUGGUGGCACCAGAGGUGCGGCCACGCGAGCUCCCACCAGGCCCUCUGUCCUUGUCCGCCUCUGUGAGGACCAAUUUUGCCAGUACCAUGGCAGCAGCCUUUUGGGGGUACCAGGGACCCUCGGACUAUUUGUAUGAGAUGCAGAAGCAGUUUCGUGACUACGGGAAGACUGAAGAAUACGAGGCCCACUCGGCUAAUAUAUUCUCGGUAGCCUGGAGCUGUGAUGGGGCUCGCCUGGCUUCGGGCUCUCUCGAUAACACGGCCAGCGUCUUCCUCCUGAAAGAGAACUGCCUGGUAAGAGAGUACAACUACCAAGGCCACACCAACCGAGUGGACCAGCUGUGUUGGCACCCCAGCAACCCCGACCUCUUCGUAACGGCCUCGGAGGAUCGGAGCGUUCGCAUCUGGGAUGUGCGCAAAAUGAAGUGCGUCAGCGUCAUCAGCACCAAAGGCGAGAAUAUGAAUAUAUGCUGGAGUCCUGACGGUCGAACCAUUGCCGUGGGCAACAGGCGAGAUGUGGUCACGUUCAUCGACGCUCGCACCAACCGGGCCAAGGCGGAGGAGCAAUUCAGCUACGAGGUCAACGAGAUAUCCUGGAACAACGACAACACCCAGUUCUUCCUUACCAAUGGCAAGGGCUUCAUCACUAUCCUCAGUUACCCUGAUCUAAAGCCUGUGCAGUUACUCAGUGCCCAUACUUCCAACUGCAUCUGUAUCAAGUUCGAUCCCACCGGCAAGUAUUUCGCCACAGGAAGCACCGAUUCCCUGGUGAGUCUCUGGGAUCUUAACGAGCUGGUGUGUGUGAGGUGCCUGUCCAGGCUGGACUGGCCCGUGACGAGCCUCAGUUUCAGCCACGAUGGGAAAAUGCUGGCAUCGGCAUCCGAGGAUCUCUUCAUUGAUAUUGCUGAGGUGGAGACGGGGGAGAGGAUCUGGGAGAUACAGUGUCAGUCUCCCACUUUCAGUGUGGCCUGGCAUCCCAAAUUUCCACUGCUAGCUUUUGCUUGUGAUGACAAAGAAAAUCUACCAGAAGCUUGCCGAGAGACUGGAACCGUGAAGCUGUUUGGUCUUCCUAACUAAUGGGAAGCAAAUUCAGGAGAGUCAAUGUGCGGGUGGGGAAAAAGUUUAAGAUUCAAAUACAAGUCUACUUCAAGCGUUUAUUGUUCGAGAUUUUUUGCAAAAAAAAAACCAAAAACCAAACAAAACAAAAAAAAAAAAAACCCUUUUCCUUCUCCAUCUUCAGCGAAAAG